AUGCGCGUCCUAAUCGUGUCAGACUAUUCGCCUACUGAGGUUCAUGGCAUCGCUUUGCAUGUCCGGAAUCUUGUGUUAGAACUCCGACGGCUCGGACAUGAUGUCGCUGCUUUCACCUGCAAGAGCGGUAGAACGUUGGAGCGGCAAGGCUACGAGUGUGACCACCUAGACGUAUACCGAAGCAUGGGUCUCUGCGUAACGAACUACUGGAAUCGGGGUAACCAGAUUUGCCUUGCCCCUGGCUGCAAUCUACUGUCAAGUAUGCGAUCCUGGAAGCCCGAUAUCAUACACGUCUUCUUCCCCACAGCGAUCGCUUGGGUGGUACUACGUUUUCUCGAAGGAUAGAUGAAGGAGCUGAUAAGCCUAUAAUAUUUGAUAGAUGAAAGUCUUCUGGUUUGAUUGCUUGAAUGUUUUGAGGAGUCAUCUCAUGUUGCGUGGUGACUUGUUAUAAUCAAUUUUUCUUCAGUGAUGUGCAUGUGGCAAUCUGAUGUUUCAACUGUGAUAUCGGAACAAAAUGCGAUGUAUAUGUCCAAUACCAAUACCUAGAAAAUUCAGAUUUUCGCUUGGGCUCGGGUUCUCGGCGUUCCGACGUACGCGAGUCACCACGUCGACAUGGUUCACUACGUGGAUGCGUACGUAAGGUGUCGGUCCCUCCGGAACUUCGCUGAUUACCUCUAUUAAGGCUCCACAAAACCCAACCCCACGUGGAUCCUGUUAAAGAGCGCUGGUGGUGCCUCGUGGAUAAAUCUUGGGCUGUUGUAUUGAGGCCAGUAUUUCUGGGGCGAGUAUUUUAACGGGAUCCAUUCACGGGUGGCGUGAAGGGUACCUCUAAGUCUACACUUUCGGCGCGCGAAUCCCAGCAAUGGCGUGCUCCGAUGCAAAUGUCGCGCCAAGUCUAGCUUCCAUGCGGAAGGAGUGUCUUUUCCUAGACUCAUAUUGGGCAUCGAGCUAUGGUGGAGUCAAAGCGGUCUGCAUGCUGCAACAGGAAUCCUCGUCUGACGCUCGUGCUCGGCCGAUGAUCACUAAUUCAUCCGCACAGUCAACGACAUCGUCUCCUCGGCGAAUCGGUGGAGGGAAUAAAGCAAAAGCCGUAGUAAAGGAGAAGAAGAACAAGCUGCCAGAUGACGCGGACAGUCAAGGAGUACCUGUUGUGAACAACGGAAGCUCGACAGGACGAGGUGUGUCCUUAGUGGUUGCGCCGGUUGAUUCCGCUCCUGAGAAGAGCGAAGACACUCAAGUAGAAGUGCCAUCGAGUCCUCAAAGUAUUAUGAACAGGAAGAUCGGGUCAUUUGGUGAACCAACAGCAACGUGCGGAUCGUUCAUCAGUGCCCUGUGUGAAUCCUGGGUCCGGUCUCUAUCUGGAAAUUGCAUUCAAAAACGAAUGUUUGUGCGUGGUGGACGGCGUGCUGUGUAUACACAAAGAGACUACAUGGUGAUUCCGACAGCGGUGCCGUCGAUUUUUACCACUGGCGGCUCAUCAUCCUCGACCGCUGGGGUCGUGUCUAAGUCUGAUGCUUCUCGAAGAAGAGAUGCAAAAAAUGGCGCGUUCUCUUCCAGUGCUGACGUUGUACCAAAUGGAGACAGGACUAGAAAUAUGAGCAGGACUAUUUCCCCUGGUCGUGCUGGUGUUCCCGCCGAUGGUCAAUCACCAAGAAGAGCAGCACCUGCGUCACGACCUCCGCCUGCAUCGAGGAUGAGCCGUGCUUUAUCCUCGGUAAUGUCUCCCAGCAAACGCGAUGAUUCUCAAAGCCGAAUCUUAGAAGACACACCAACAGUACAUGUCGCAUCAUCUUCACCGACUAAUGUAGUUUCAUCGUCCUCAAACCACCUCCCGACCCCGAGUGCUGUCAAAAAUGGGGUCGUGCCACCUCUCUCGACGGAAGAGGCCCGCGUGCGCCUCAGGCGGGCCCUCGGAUCAGACAUCAAGCAAGAACGGAAAAUAGUGUUGAUGGUGAAUCGACUUGCACCAGAAAAACAUGUGGAACUGGCAAUCGAUGUCAUAUCCAAUUUUCCGGAAGAGUACCAUCUCGUAAUUUGUGGUGACGGGCCGAGUCGGAUCCAGCUGGAAGGACAGGCAAUAGAGUUGGCAGCACGACGCGCUGAAGCCUGCUCCUCGUCCAGGACAUCAACUAAUAAUACUACUUCUUCUAGUCACGAAUUGGAAUUAAAAUCAGUACUACGUACGCAACUGACGGAAGGCACAAAGCGCAUGCGAGCCUUCCUGGAGAAUCAGCCAUUUGUGGAUGUAGCGGACGAAGAGCGUCUUCACAAAGAUGAAGAGGACGCAAUCAAUAAAGACGUAGUAGAGCAGGCACCAACUACAAAUAAAAGUCGAGAACAAGACAGCACAGACGAAACAGGGACCACGUCAGCUUCGGGGGGAGAAGGAACCACAGGAGUCUCCCUAAGUGUUAGUACUGCAAAAAGUCGCGCUGAACUGAACUUUUGGCGUAAAAUGGGUACUAAUCCGUGUAGUGGCCGUACGAAAUCUUCAGGAGAGCAGCCUCCAUCCAACAAUGUUGAGACCACCAAGCAAAGUCGAAAAAUCUUAUCACCAGCACAAGCAAAAGCUGCCCAAAAAGACAAUCGAGGGUCAACAUCUUCAACCAAUCUUCCUACCGCGACUUCUACUUCGGCGGCAGUUGCAUCUUCAUCGCCUAGCAGGAGAGGAUACGCCUAUAGCCGCUCGACUAGCACAGCCAAGCAGGUUGUUGCGUUGAAUGUCACUUUCUGUGGCGCAGUACCCAAUGAGUUAUUACCGAUAUUGUUUUACAGUGGCAGCGACCUUUUUCUGACGUGCUCAGAGAGUGAGACAUUCGGAAUCACGCUGUUGGAGGCACUAGGUUGCGACCUUCUGCCAGUCAUGCCGUCUACAUCGCCUGUCUUCCGCGAAUUUUACGGCGAUGUUUUAGGGGACUACAUGUUCGCGGAUCGUCAGGGUCUCCACGAUAUUCUUGCUAGUCAUCAUCGGCAAACCACAACUGCGCACAUCUCGUCGCGACCAGGCCGACGAGGACCAGGAGCGGGUACCUCCUCGGUGAACGAAACUAGAACAGCCUCGCUCACUAGAACUCUAUCGCCUCCUAGAAACAAUACGAAUACCACUAGAAGUACCCCUUCCACCACCGCUUCAUCAGCAGCAACUUCUGCAAAAGGUCGCCGCAUUACACAGGAAGACCACGACCGAAAUAUUGGUUCGACCGUUUCCACCUCAACCUGUGUCCCGCCAUUGUCAGCUAGUUUCUCAGCUAGUGUGAGCCGGUCGAAAGCCACGUCUGCGUCCAGUAAGGAGUUUGUAAGAGAGUUGCGCCGCAAACUCGAAGGUAAGGUUUUUUUCUGCUGGAGAACAUCAGCGGAAGAAACUGUAAGACAGUACGAGAAAGUGAUAGGACAUACACAAAGAGUAGGCGCACAGAAAAAAUUAGAAGCACCGCCCGGACUAUAUUGAAAAAUACCUAUCAGUGUCUGUCCUUGAAGAGAGGGUAUGGGACAAAUUUUCCUAUGAUCGUACAAUCUAAUUAAUAAGUUCUUAGUGAUUUUUCGCACCAAAUGUCACUGCGCCGCUGCCGCUUUUGUGAAUUAUAGGAACGUGGUUUUUUCUUUUGCAACUCAGGUAG